AUGCAGCUCAAACAAUCUAUCGCGGUGGCAGCCGCCGCCGCCGCCGCACCCGCUCUCGCCUCCGGUGCCGUCAACGUCUACUGGGGCCAGACCGGAGUCGGCGACAGACUCGCCCACUACUGUGACUCUGUGGACAUUGACUACGUGACCCUCUCCUUCAUCUCGGCCUCCCCUGAGCAGGACCCCGUCAUGCACUAUCCCACCAGCAACUUCGCUGCUCACUGCUCUGGCGACGUCUAUCCCGGCUCCCGCCUGAACAACCACUGCUCCUUCAUCCAGCAGGACAUCAAGUACUGCAAGCAACAGGGCAAGAAGAUCCUCCUUUCUAUCGGAGGUGUCUGGGGGGCCGAUGCCGCUCACGACUACACCGUCUCGAGUGUGAACAACGGCGAGUACUUUGCCAACUUCAUGUGGAAUGCCUUUGGUCCCGUCAACAGCAGCUGGACUGGGCCCCGUCCCUUUGACAUCAGCCCCAGUGAGCCCAACGUCAUUGACGGCUUCGACUUUGACAUCGAGAAGCAGUUUGUCGACCAGACCGGCUACAUCGCUAUGAUCAACAGGCUGCACAAGCUCAUCGGCGACAGCAAGGGUUCUCAGAUCAUCACUGGUGCUCCCCAGUGCCCCCUUGCCGACCAGUGGUUCCAGAUGAAGACCAUGAUCACCUUUGCCAAGUUCGAUGCCCUGUUCAUUCAGUUCUACAACAACCCCGGCUGUGACGCCACCGGCAACGGCUUCAACCUCAGGGACUGGGCCACAUUCCUCCGUGGCACCCAGAGCGCCGGCGCCAAGCUGUACGUCGGCCUGCCUGCCACUCCCGCCAUCUCCGGCUACAUCACGCCCAGCGCCGCCAACACCCUGAUCGACCAGUACAAGGAUGUGACGAACUUUGCCGGUAUCUCUUUCUGGGAUGCCCAGCUCGCCGAUGCCAACGCCAACGCCAACGGCGGCAAGCCCUUCUACGCCAUCGUCGGCGAGCACAUGAACCCCAGCCGUCCCACCACCACCGUCACCACGUCGACUGUUUCCUCCACGACCAGCACGACCUCGACCACCAGCACGGCCUCGACGACGACCACCACCACUGCCAGCAGCUCCACCACUACGACUUCGUCGUCUAGCAGCUCCAGCAGCUCUUCGUCCAGCUCUUCUUCCAGCUCCAGCUCCAGCUCCAGCUCUUCGUCCAGCUCCAGCUCCAGUUCCAGCUCUGCCUCGUCCACCGCCACGUCAUCGAGCAGCACUUCUACCAGUGUUUCGUCGACUGUCUCAAGCACCAGCUCGUCCUCCAGCAGCUCGUCUUCCAGCAGCUCCUCUUCGAGCGUCUCUUCUACCAGUGCUACCACGGCUCCCACCACGGCCCCCACUACGUCUCCCACUACGGCCCCGACUACGUCUCCCACCAGCUCCAGCAGCUCCAGCAGCUCGGUUCCCUCGUCCUCCGUGCCGUCGACCUCGGUCCCGCCCACCACUUCUCCGGUCCCCACUUCUCCGGUCCCCACGUCGACGCCCUACGGCAACAGCACCACUAGCGUUCCGCCGACCAGCACCGGCCCGUCCAUGACUACCUCGACCAUCUACUCGACGACCACCCGCACCAUCACCUCGUGCGCCCCUACCGUGACUAACUGCCCUGCCCACAGCACCAUUGUCGUCACGGAGGAGGUUGCCAUCUCCACUACCGUCUGCCCCGUCACCGAGACUCACAUCCCUACGGGCCCCAAGCCUACUGGUCCCGCUGGAGGCUCUAAGGAGGUCUGCGUCGGUGGCAUGUGCCCCGGCAACGGAGGCAACGGAGGCAAUGGAGGCAACAACGGAGGAAACGGAGGCAAUGGAGGCAACAACGGAGGCAACAACGGAGGCAACGGAGGGAACAACGGGGGCAAUGGAGCUUCUCCCAUCUGCCCCGGCCCCAACUGCCCGUCCACCAGCACUCAGCAGACCACUGCCACCUUCUUCUCCACUGUCACUAUUCCCAAGCCCAAGCCUACGCUGCCCGUCGUCGGUGGCAGCGGCAACACCAACGGCACCAACAACGCUGCUUCGCCGACCAAGCCUGGCACCAGCGGCCCUACCGGCGCUGCCGUGUGCUCCGGCUCCGGCUGCGGCAAGCCCUCCGGCCCCGUCACUGCGGGUGCCGCCCGCAACGGCGUCGCGGCCUUCGCGCUGUCGGCAUUCGUCGGUGCCGCUGUCUUUGCUUUCUAA